UCACCGUUCGGCAGCAAGAGGCCCGCCCACCCUCUUGAAAAUCUGAAUUUCUGAAAACUUUAUUUGCAAGUUGUUUGUUUUGUUAUUUUAAAAUUAAUUUCAUGUACAUAUUGGUGUAUAUUGUGUUUGCAGUGCGUACUUCGUUCCCCUCCUCCGUAAGAAAUGAAAAAGUUAUUUUUGAGCUAAGAAGAUCCCAAAAAUAAAUAUUUUGGUACAACACUUAUCAACAUUUAUCUUUGUAUGUAGUGUCUACAAAAAGAAGUUGUUGGUAUUCUUUGCAUAUUUUAUCUAACCCUUCCAAGUGUGCGUUUAAAUUAUUGCAAUGGAGGUUGGCUUUGCUAAUGGAACAAUAACACUGGACAGUGAAAAAGCUGUAUACUAUCGUGGACAAUUUAUUACUGGAAAGGUCAGCUUUAGGCUGGGGGAGCCAGUUAAUAUAUCAGCUAUUAAUAUCCAGUUUUUGGGCAUGGCCCAAGUGAUAUGGUCGGAGCGAGAAGAACACAAACAGCAUGGAAGGAGAUUUGAGACAAGUGUGCAGUACAAAGCGGAGGAGCAGUAUUUCAAUGUUGUGCAGUGCUUAUAUGGCGGGCAGGGUGUAACCCAGCUGCCACCAGGCCCUCAUUCAUUCCCGAUCCAGUUCCAAAUACCGCCAACUGUGCCCUCGUCCUUCAAAGGGGAGAGGGGACAAGUGGAUUACGAAAUUAGGGCAACUAUGGAGUACCCAAUUCAGAAAAAGGAUGAACUUGUGAAACUAUUUACGGUGGUUGUACCUACUGACUUGAAUAAGGAAGACCCUGAAAUAGCUAAACCGCAAACCCUAUCUUUCGAAGAAGUGUUUAGCUGCUCCUGCAGCCCACGGCCUCUGACGAUAAAUGUGGGGCUUCCUGUGGCUGGCUUCUGCCCGGGGCAGGUCAUACCGGUCACGGUGAAUGUAAAGAACAAGGCAAAUCGUAAAGUGAAGAAGGUUAUACUGCAGAUUGUUACACGCACCCGCUACCACAGCCAGCAACCAGUGGCCAAGUACACGACGCCAGAAGAAGUGCUCGCGUCAACCAAAACCAAACCUGUGCUCAGCAACAUGGAGCGUCACUACUCGUGCGAGCUCCAGCUGCCUGCUUUUAUAGCGCCUAACUUGGACAGCUGCGGUAUCAUGGAUAUCGGGUACUUCUUCAAGGUAAGAACUCGCUACCAUAGCCGGCAACCAGUGGCCAAGUACACGACGCCAGAAGAAGUGCUCGCGUCAACCAAAACCAAACCUGUGCUCAGCAACAUGGAGCGUCACUACUCGUGCGAGCUCCAGCUGCCUGCUUUUAUAGCGCCUAACUUGGACAGCUGCGGUAUCAUGGAUAUCGGGUACUUCUUCAAGGUGGUAGUCAAAUUGUCAGGAUGCACGGCUGACCUGGAAGACGCAGAUGAAAUCUUCAUGGGGCAGAUACCGCUGGCCAACUUCACGGACGGCCGCUACGAGCAUCCCAUGGCACACGGCCUGCCUUCGGGGCCGGUGCCAGAAUAUUUCCCUCAAUCAGAGCCCGCGACGACCCAAAUCAACCCAGUCAAUGCGUUCCACACUCAAUCCGUUAACCCACAAGUCAACGUGUACCCAGGUUACCAACAUCCUCCAGCUAAUGUAUACCCGGGUGCGGUACAUCCACCAUCGAGCCAGGUCAGUGCGUACCCAGGAUACCCACAGCAGCCUCUGAUAAGCCCCACGGCACCGGUCCUGGAUGCUUACCCUCCCACCUCGAGUGUAAGCAAUCCCAUGUACGAUAUGGGCUUUAGAGCGCCAGGGUAUCCUGGUCAACAGUAGGGAUGCAUGGAAAUCCGGUUCUGCAAAAUAUAAUUGAGACAUAAGAUGGUCUUAAGCCAGGCCAGCAUUUUUACGUAAUAAUUACGUUUUAGAGUCAGUCACAGACCAAAAUAAAGUAAAACGAGUUUAUCAACAUAUUUGCGACGUACUUAGAGGUGAUUAAUUUAUAAUUUCAUUAAACUAAAUGACUGAUUAUAAAGCAAUCAAUGUUAAAUUUAACAUCAGUAGACAAUACAAAAAUAUACCAAAUUAUGUUCGGAAUCUCUAAGUUUAAUAGUUAAAUCUCAAUAAUUUAUUAAUGAUGCGAAAUUGAUUGAUUGCUUUAUUAGAGUAGGCGCACACCGUUGAUUUUUAGUUGGCCGAUAGUUGUGCCCGAUUUUAAAUUGUAUGAAGAAUCGGCCAAAUCGAAUCGGCGGCGUAGUGUGCGCACUCCCAUACAUGCCCAUAUUGAUCAACUGCCCGACUACUAUCGGUCGACGAAAAAUCAACGGUGUGCGCCUACUCUUAGGCUUGAAAUAUGUCUUACUCGUUUACUUAAGUACACAAAAGAUGCAGUAGAAGAUAAUUUUGCAGCUCAGAUACAAAAUUUAAACAAUCGUACCCUCUUUGACACAAUUUCACAUUUAAAUAAGAAUUUUUAAUACUUAGGCUAAGAGAAUAAUUAUAAGUGAUCUACAAGUGCCUCAUUAAAAUGUAUGCAUUUAUUGUUAAGCUGUUACAGUGUAUUUUUGAUAGACAUUUAUUCGGUCGUCGAUCGUUUGUAAACAAAAUGAUUAAAUGAUGUUCUUUAUUUUUAUUAUGGUUUUGACAAUCUCUAAAAAUGUAAUAAUAUUGAUUAUAGUCUGGUCCGUGAGCACGUAGAAUUUUUUCCA